AUGCUGGAUUAUUCUACGAGAGAGUAUAAUCCAAAAUUAACCAUUAAAAAUUCGACUCUUUUAUUUAAUUUUACACAUAAUGCAAAGUAUUAUCCCAAAUUUAGUAUCAAUUCCGAAGGAUCUAGACUUGUUAUUGCAAUUCGCGGAUCAGCUUCACAAUAUGACUUAGAUACACUUGUUGAUAGUGCAGAAUUAAGGACUCAAUACGGUACUUUUCCAGCAGGUUACUAUCGCGCAUCGAUAAACACAUUUAAUAAGAUCGGAUAUUAUCUCAAUCAGAAAUACUCAGAGAUAUACAUCACCGGGCAUUCAUAUGGAGCUUCUGUUGCCCAUAUUUUGAAUUUAAUUAUUCACUACUAUAAUCAUUCUAUCAAUAAUGUAUACUCAGUAGGAUUUGGACCAGUUCCGUCAAUUGAUUAUGAAGGUUCUUUAUUGAUUAAAAACUAUUCUGCAACAAUAAUCAACGCACACGAUUACGUUAGCACUAAUAGUAUUAACAUUCAUUCUGAUUACAUAAGGUCAACUUAUGGUACUGUUUCUGGCCUUACAAAAGACCAAAUUAAUAAUACUUUUGCUCAGCUGCUUAACAAAUUCGAUGAUGGCACAAAAAUCAAUCUCAAACCACAUUUUAUGAGUUUGCUAACAGAACAGACAUCAGAUAUCUACGAUAAACUUACAAAUAAAAAAGUAUUCCGCUUAUCUACAGUUCCAGGGGGCAAAUGCUAUUGGAUAGGUAUGAGUAAUACUAAUAAUAUUACAGAAACCAUUGUAGAUCAAAAUAAACAAAUAAAUCGCGUUCCUCAAGAUCCCCACUCAAUAAUUGAUCAUUACCUCAUUAAUUAUAUUGAACACUUUUCCAAAUAUACUACAGAAUAA